ACAGUUUGUGCCUGUCCUUUGCGCAUGCGUGUAAGACGCCGCAGGUUGCGAACGAGGAGAAACUAUGGCUGUUGCGGUGCAGACUGAUGAUUUUCCUUACCUACCUUCGGGGCUGGCGGAGGGUGAGUGUACUUUCAUCUUUAAAUUAACAUUUGGAUCACUGCAGAGUGGCAUUAUCGGGACACUCAGUCUCGCCGAGGCUUUUCGGGGGUUUAAUAGCCGUUUUCCUGCCAGCUAACAUUAGCCGGUACUGCAGAGUGAAUGGAGCGGAGCUGUUGAAAAAUGCUAAGCUAAACUAGCUGUAGCCGUGCCUGCUCCAAGGUCGACGAGAGCACGCCUGCAUCCGAUGUUGAUUCAGGUUGAUUGAGUAUCGAUCCCUGCGCUCGUGGAGCAGUGGGGGCUGAGGAGACACCGUUCAGUCUGGUUUUAGCAGACACUCUCGUUUUAUGUUCUCUGCAGCUUUAUUUUGCUGCAGUCUUUGGCUCUCUGGUACACAAGGGUAAUUUGACACAUGGAGGAUGAACACAUUUCUCAUUUCAACUUUCUUCACUGAUAUAUGACUCUCAAAGUAUGCUCUAAUAUCUAGCAAUGUGUCUCCUGUCCGUGUCUUGUGUUCAUAUGGGGUGGGUGGGCUGACGGAUGCAUGUACCUGUAAAACAUCAAUGCAGCUGCAAAACUAGCAUCACGUGUGAGACAGCAAGUUCCUGCACAACACUUGAACACUGCAGGGAAGUUUUUCAUGUCAUAAAACUGCCCACACUUGUCUUACUCUUUGUCUUAUGUAUGCACACACCAAUUUACUAUGUACACUGAAACACGCCAUUUUGAAACACACAAAUAGCACCAGAGAAAUGAUCAGAAAAGGAUUUUUUAUGCAGCCUUCAGGGACAGCAAAGGACCUAAAUGAUGUCCCAACUGUAAUGACUACUGAUGAAUACGAAGCUGUUUUUAUCAAGACUGUUUUGCAACACAGUCUGCAGAAAUAUUAUGUCCCAAUGAGAGCAGUUUGAUAACUAGAGCAUAAACAACAUCAAUAAGAAAACAGACAGGACACACACACAGACUAGAUAACCAUUUUAAGGGAUAUUCUGGCGUAAAAAUCAAUUUAGGGUCAAACACACCGUAACACCGAGUUAGACACCCCCUCGAGAGUUUAAUGUUGCUGACCGCUUGCUUCUCUAGUUAUACCAACUUUAAUAACGACCGCUCGGUAGCAAUACACAGUGGUCUGAGAAGCCAUAAACUAACCUCAAUCAAAACACCACUCUAUAGCCACAAAUAAUGCUCAGAACAGCACCUAACUUCAUCAACAGUACAUAUAGGGUCCUAACUAUAGUACUAGCCACCAAACAUCUUUUUAACUUUGCCUAAUUUAUUGAGCAAAGAGACUAAACACAACUCAUCCACUCUCUUCCAGCAGCCGCUUGUUUGUAGCGAGACCUCAGGCCAGUCUGUUAUGGACUACAGCAGAGUUUCGCAGCUCAAGGAAGAACAUUUUUGAUCAUUUCUUUAUGGAGACACAACAAGACAGAACGAGACACAAAGGCAGAAGAACUACCGCGUCUGCAGUGCAAAAUGAUUAAUAUGAUGAUUAUUACUUCAAGGAAAUGAAGAAAUGAUCUGAAAUGUUCUUCCUUGAGCUGCGUAACCCCCCUGCAGUCCGUAAUGGACUGGCUGAGAUCUCGCUACAAACAAGGGGCUGCUGGAAGAGAGUAGGUGAGUUGUGUUUAGUCUCUUUGCUAAAGAAAUUAGGCAAAGCUAAAAAGAUGUUUGGAGGCGAGCCCUGUGGCUGGGGCCCUAUAUGUACCGUUGAUGAAGUUAGGUGCUGUUCUGAGUAUUAUUUGUGGCUAUAGAGUGGCGUUUUGGUUGAGGUUUGUUCAUGGCUCCUCAGACCGCUGUGUAUUGCUAUCGUGCAGCUGUUACUAAAGUUGGUAUAACUAGAGAGGCAAGCAGUCGGCAACAUUCAUCUCUCGAGGGGGUGUCUAACUCGGUGUUACGGUGUGUUUGACCCUAAAUUAAUUUUACGCUGGAAUAUCCUUUUAAGAGGUAUACACCUGGGCCCACCUGAUUUGAUGCCCUUUCUUGGAUGCGUAGAUCAAGUCAUGAAGUCCCAGUCUCUCUUGUCCUGCAGUAUUGAGAAAAAAUGAUUUAAUUCUUUAGAGGGCAGGGCUGGGUGAUAUAGCAGUAAUCACUGUGCCAUUUUUUUUUUGCAAUAAUGUUUACAAAAGUUCAGUAAUCUGUAAUCGCACAGGGAAACACUGCUAAAAGGGGCCCUGUUGUGCUGUAUUUAGCCUUAUGUUUACACAGGCUUGCACAGAUCAUAAAUAUAAUUGUAAAUGCACUAGACUAUGCAACUGCUGGACCCACAGGAUGUAAGCAAGGGACAUGUCAGAAAUUAUAGAUAUCUCUGUUAUGCAAGCUCUCGGUCUCAGUGGCCCCUAAAAAAUACUCAAGCCAACACGUGACCAGUGGAAAAAUCACACCAGCACUGCUCAUUCUCUGUAACUCUGGCUUAUCCCUCCAUGCUUGGAAAAAACCCUCUGAAGAAAUAAAUAUUUAACAUUUACCCUGAUAAUUAUUGAUAUCCACUUCAAAGUUUUAUUGUGAGAAUAAUUUCGGCUAUAUCGCUCAGCCCUAUUUAAGGAUACUGACAUGUCUCUUGAACUCUUCUGCUGUCAUGCGAUGAUGGGAUGGCUCUUUAUGAUUAUUUUAAUCUCUCAGGAAGAUUGUUUUCAGCCUCUUUGACAGGCAGUGUCAACUUUGACAGCUUUACACUACUUCAGAUGUGAGUUAAGCUGCAUUUAUUCCCUCUUAUUAAGCUAGCUGCUGUUAGCCCUUUGUCAAAGCCAAGUAGCACAGAAAUUAUGAUUUUGUUGUUUGUUUUUUGAGUACCAUAUAGACGGUAAGUUCAAGUCUAAUACAUUCUUCAUUCAUUUGAGAGUUUGCUCUGUCCACUACCUUUCGCCUUCAACUCUUCCAGCAUAAAAGGGCCUUUUUUAUCUGCAGGCGGGAUGUGUGAGCAAUAACAAUAGGAAGUUAUUUUUAGGGUUUUAAAAUUAGUCUUAAUGCACACAAUUUCAGUCCAGUUAGAGUUUGACACUUAUGCACUGCCUAAUACCCUUAACAAAUGUGAAGUGUCUUUAGCAGAAGUUUCAUUUUUUUCUUGUGUUGUGAUAAGUUUCCCAGAGGAUUUAACCUGAUUUGAAAUCUCCUGUCUGUGUCUCUCUCACUCUCUCUCUCUCUGCAGUAAAUAAGAUGAUAAAGGAGCAUGGUGACCUGUUUUCUGACUCUCAGUGUAAAGUCUGCAGUGCUGUCCUCAUUUCCGAGUCUCAGAAGUUGACUCAUUAUCAGGUCAGUGAGCCCACAGUCUGCUGCUGUUUCGAUGUCAGGAGGCCUUCAUCUGUUUCUUCUGUGUACUUGGCUCAUGUAUACUGUGUCAAUGAUACCUGUGUGGUUUGGAUUAGAGAGAGACCAGUCAGUCAGUUGGGUCAAUCAAUGGCAUUUUGAGAUGACUGACAUCAGCUGAGUCUUUAUCAAUACUGAUACUUUUAGUGAGACUCCUUAAAGGUCCAAGUCCUUAUUGAUUCCUCUCUCAAAUCUUUUUUCUGAUCCUUUUCUUUCCUUUUCUGGACAUGACAUUUGAACACAUCACAUUAUCUACUUUCACCUAAUUCUUCUCUUACCGACUCGACCUUGAACGUCUCAUACUGUAAUUGUGUUUCAAUCAUUUAGUUAGCAAACUCAUUUUCACUCUGCUCAUGUCAACGUAGAUUUUCAACUCUAAAUUGAACUCUGGUUUAUGAUUUUUAACCCACAGGACUUGCUCUUAAGUCUGGCUGUGCUUACUAUGACAGCUUUAGUUAAAAGAGAGGAUGUCACUUUGGUCAUGGAGGAUGUGUUCCCCUCUUGCAAGAAAUAAUCGAUAACGCUUUCUUUUACGGUACACUUAUUACCAGGUAAUUACCUGUUAAUUACCUAGUAACAACAUGAAAUAAUCUGGUAAUUACAUGAUAACUACUACGUCAAUACUGUCUAGCUACCAGGUAGGUAACCUCCCAUCAUCAUACAAAUUUGAAGCCGAAUUGCUCUGGUAUUUCCAGGAUUUUCUCUGCUUCCUGGAACCACCUCUUGCGCAGUAGCAUUGUACGCAUUCGGCGGGUGAGUCGCUGUGAUAACGCUCGGCUCAAACAGCGUAUCGCUACGCAAUCUUCGCGCGCCCAUAGGCUGUAUCAAGUGUCAAUCAUAGAAAAUAAGAACCCUAAAUAGCUUUUGAAAAUGGAGCUGCACAGAAAAAAGAAAAAAAGAAAAACUAGACAGUAUUGACUUAGUAGUUAUUAUGUAAUUACCAGAUAAUUUCAUGUUGUUACUAGGUAAUUACCUGUUAAUUACCUGGUAAUAAGUGUGCCGUAAAAGAAAGCGUUUCCAAAUAAUCUUGCAGCAUAAACUGCAUUUCACUUAAGUUUUGGUCAAAUGUUGCCACACUUUAGACUUCCUCAUCCAUCGUCCCAGUUAACCAUCAGGAUUCUUUUUUUCCUGUUUGCUUUUGAAAAACUUGACUAUACUGACUGUAAAUGUGCGUGCUUUGUUCAUUAAAUUAACAUGAUGACACUUUACUCACCUCACCUCAUGGGAAGUUUAUUGAUUUUUAGAUUAUGAUGAAGAUAACAUCAAAAUGCCAUUAAUAGCCCGGAUUUACUGGUCUGUCUCUAAAUCUAAAUCUAAAUCUAAAUCAGCCAGUCUGCUCUGUAAUUAUCCUCACUGCUUUUAGCUGGUUAAAAAAAUAAAUGACAUCCACUCAUUAGAUUUCUGAAUAACAUGUUUUUUUCUGCUGUUCCAAAAACUCAGAGGAUUCAUAUAAUCUAUAUUAUUAUCUAGUGUAGAUGAAAAAUGAUUUGGUAUCUAAGUUUUGGAGCAGAUCUUGAACUUACGCUCCUGUUUUGUAUUUCAUUUUGGUUUUUUGAAUUUACAGCAACAGAUAAAUGCACACAGAUGUGAUCAACCUGUUGUUUUUCAAAAGAGUUUCUCCUGAUGAUUUUUGGGCCUUUGCACUGUUAGAGUAGGAGACUUGGGAAAGAAUGGAAAGCUACAGAGGGUCUGAGGACUUUAAUUUUUGCACACAAGGCUUGUGAUUUAGACAUUUAGCUAGUCUGGCACUUUUUUUUUAAAGGAUUUGUGUGUAGACAUCGACACAGCAGCCAUCAGCUUCACUUUGUUUCAGUGAAACAGGAUGUCAAACAAACGGAGAGAAGUUUGACACGGUUGUUUUGGAAGUUGAUGUUUGUCUUUCACUUUGUCCUUUCAGAGCAAGAAACAUGCCAACAAAGUGCGGCGCUAUUUUUCCCUCCAAAAUGAGGAGAAAACCGUGAAGAAGGUCAAGACUUCGUCUGACAGCGUGAGUAUGCAGCGCUUAACUUGAACUUUAAUGGAAGUGAAGUAUCUGAAAACUUAUUUCAAACUAGGCAAACGCAUUUUAAUCUAAAGACUCAUCGGUAUGUAACUAAAACGAACUCUGAAUGCUGACAGGAAUUUUUAAAUUAAAUCUUUAUUCAUCCUUGAUAAUGUGCAUCAGUGUCAGUUGUAUCUUAAUAAUUCAUGACUGUGAGGGUACCCUGGUGUAUCUGUUUCCUGCUUCUCUCAUUUAAUGACAUUUAAAAAAGCCUCUACUCCAGAUAAAGCCUGUUGUUGGAAAUGAAGAGUAGAAAUAAGCUCAUGCUGUCAAAUCGAGCACUGCUGGAGAAAAUGCAGUUUGUGCACACUGUGUCCUCUUUGUCUUGUUUGGAUUCUCAUCCUGGACAUGCAGGCACAUUUAAACUUUAGGUGACCUGUGUGUCAGGAAAGUUAACUGCAUUAGGACAUUAAAAAGUUAGCAGAAGGCUUUUCUGUUACGUAAAGAAACUGAGGAGGGGAGGAGAUGAUUUAUUGAUGGGACAAAUGAGGCCUUCAUGCUCUGUUUUUCUUUGUAAACAGGACUGUAACAAUGGAGACACAGAUCGGUUUAAGAAGUGUCAUAUAUGCGACAUGAUCUUCUCCUCUCCUGUGGUGGCCGAGUCUCACUACCAAGGCAAAGUUCAUGCAAAGAACCUGAGGAUGAUACCAGGUAUUUAUGAAGCCCAGAUCUCUUACUCUUCAGCUCUCACUUUCAUCACAGCGUCUGUUUUGACUUAAAACUGUAAAAAUCUGAUUCACAACUCCAGCAGAAGCCUCUCAAAGACCACCAACAGCCCAGCCGAAGAAGGAGCCCUCAGAUGAUCUGCCCAGUGCGCCGGUGACAGGAGGCAACAACAACCACAACCCAGACAGAUUCUGCUCCAUCUGCCAGGCCUCCUUUAACAACCCGCUCAUGGCUCAGCAGCACUACGUAGGAAAGAAGCAUCGAAAACAGAUGACCAAGUUGAAACUGAUGGAGACGUACGGGCCCUCCACGGCACCAGGUCAGAGAUACAAAAGCAGAAAGUCAUGCCUUUUGUGUGCGCAGAUAAGCGAGUACUGAUCCAGUUAUGAUUUUCUCUUUUUUCUUUGAUUCAUGUCCACAGCCUCCACACUAAAGGGCUAUCCAUGCACCGUCUGCAGCAUUGAACUGAACUCUGUGGAGCAGUACCAGUCUCACAUCAGCGGAGCCAAACACAAGAACCAGUGAGCACACAAGCCUUUUUACUUCUUUAAUGAGGCGAUGACCUGAUCAUGAGAUUGUAAUUGGAAACGCUAAUCAAAGCAGCAGGAAGCAACACCAACCUCUGCCUCUCCCUCAGCUGUCUGCUCAGCCUGUUCAAACAAACGCUACACCAAAGAUGAGCGGGUGGUUUGUUCAGACUGGUCUCUGGACUUUUUUUGCAGGUUUUUUAACACCUUUUAGACGGCAGGGCUUUGGAUAGAAUCCAGAAAAAGAAAACAAGUCCCUUUUUGAACAUCCAAGUAGUGUUGGAUGGUAUGAAUGAAAUCUUCUAUCACGGUAUGAGUAAUUUCGUAUCGCGGUAACGGUAUAUAUCACGGUAUGUUUUUCCCCCCUGUAAAUUCAAUUAAUGGCUUAAAAAUAAACACUGUUGCAUUUUUAUUUUUUUUAUUUUUAAACUCGGAUUUGUAAACAAAUGCAAACAAAAUGCAAUUUUUUUUAUCAUAUGGCGUACCUUUGGCAAAAGACUCUGCCAAACUCUUUUGUAUGAGAGGAGCUGCUGCAACUUUAGUUUUUGGUGCAGCAGGUGCGCCGCGCAUCUUUUGGCUCUGAUAAUAGAGCUUGGCAUGUUUCAUCUUCAGGUGGUGGAAGAAGUUGCUGAUGUUUCCACCUCCAGCAUCAACAACCACACCACACUCUUUGCAUAGUAUUGUUUUUUUUUUUAUCGUUGUCAGAUUUUCUAAAUCCAAAGAAUCUCCAGACAACCGAUGUUGCGACCUGCGUCCUUUUUCCGGAACCAGUUCCUCCUCCUCUUCCUCAUGUUGGGUGGGUCGGGCUGCCACUCAUCUCCGCAUCCGCCAUGACCACCACCUGUGAAGCUGUUUCUUUUUCGCCGAAACUAUGCAAAGCAGUCUGCUGGACAUGCUGUUGAUUAUAGGGAGCACACCCAAACCUGACCAAUCAAACGAGCGAAAACAAACUUCGCAAGACACGCUGGUGAAUAUACGGAAACGUACCUGAUGGAUGCCCUCUGGCUUUCUUGUUAUCGAGCGCAGACAACUACACACUGACUCAGAGAGAUGCAGCAGACAUCUGCUCUCUCUCCGGUAUAAACGGUAAAGCAAAAUUUCUACUGGUAGACACUUUUAUACCGUCACACGGUUUAUACCGUCAUACUGCCCAACACUAUAUCCAAGUCUAAUCCCAAGUCCCUGAGUUCAGCGGCCUGUGGGGCUGGCGCACUCCUAAAUGAACCCUGAAUCUGCCCCUGACAACCACAUCUUCCCCCGCUGUUACCUCCUCCUCCUUCCUGCGGUUACUUUAUGCCUUUCUGUGUCCAACCGUCAAGUAAAUCUCAUCAGCAGAACCCCAAAAAGCAAAACCGGCGUUUUGAAUGUUUCAUCAUCACGACAGGUGCUCCAUGCGUAGACCACCACCUGUUGUGAUAAGGAACCAAAAGUGAGAGCAACAGCAACCAGCUGUGCAAAACAGCGACAUGAGAGGGUUUAUAUUUAAUAUCAAGUGCUGAUCUCAAUCAUUAGCCGACAUAACAACUUUCUUUCUUGUCCUGUCCAAAUCACUUAUUGAAAGCUGAACUUUUUCGGUUUGUACUCGUUGUACUCAGUCCUGUAGCUCGAGUCUUUGCUUAAAAAAAAUAAAAUAAAUGUGUGUUGUUUUUUUUAACAGAGUGAAGAAAUUAGGUCUGAACACCACAGGGAACCAGGAGGCAGCAGAACAAUCGUUUGGGGGUGACGUCAGUGGAGAGACCCAGUGCAGCAGCGCGUCUGCAGAGGAGCAGUAUGCAGCAGGUGAGGGUGAGGAGUACCCAGCCGGAAGUGAGCAGUACACUCCUGAAAACACAGAGUACUCAGAAGAGUGUCUGUUCACCUGAGUCUGGGCUGAGGAGGUUUAAGUCUGGACUUGAAAUGACACACAACAACAACAACAACAACCAGCCCCUAACUCAUAAACAUCGACUUUCAUGGACCAUCAGCUCCUGCAAGAAGCUCCUCUGAGUGUGUUGAACCACAGGAUUUGAACACUGAGUGCUUUUGAUUUUUAUAUAUUUUUUUGAUUGAUUUUGGCGCCCAUUUAAAAUCUCUGAGAUGUCAUGAGUGUUUUUUUUUUUUGUUUUUUUUUAAGUUCCUUAAAAAUUGACCGUAACCUAAAAACAUGAUAAAAGCAUCUUUGAGGGAUUAUCAUGUCUCUGAGACAAACUGAUACUUUUUUCUGUAAUGCCACAUCUGUAAUGAGAUAAAUCUAUAAAUGUGGACGUAACCUAUCCAAACAUUCUGUGCUACAAAGAUAUAACAGUAUCUAGGUUUUGAACUCAAUCUUAGUAAACAUGAAAGAGACAUUAUUUUUGUUUUUGAGCCUUAUUUAAGCCUGUAAAAAUUUCAAUACUGGUCCGCAUACAGUCUGGUCAGAUCCCUUUAUUGACUUUGAUGCCAAUUUAAUACAUGACUUCAAUGAAGACAGAAAUUGUUGACUACUAAAUCAGACACACAGCUUCAAGAGGCAGCUGUAUCUUUAAUACUUCAGUCACAGGAACCACAGUAACGCUAAAUACAUGUACAGACAACUACAAGUUUGAUUAUGACCUGUUAUCUAGCUGCUCAGAAUUGACAGUAAAAUAGAAAAUAUUUAAUCUCAUUAUCCACAAUUACUGUAGGUUUGAAACAGAUAUUUGCAUUUAUGGCUCAGAGGUGCCCUCUAGUGGUGGUAGCAUAUAUGACAGAUGCAAAGACGCACAGUAAGUAUCCCUUUGUGCAGCUCCACACAAAGUCAAUAUUCAGGUUAAACCUUAAGGUAACUCAUGCAUUGAACACUGCUGAGGUACUGAACUAGCUUAACUAGUUUCCCAUGGUUAAACAGGGGUCAUCAUGAACACUGGGUCAUUUAGGAAGGGAUAUCGUUUUAGAAAAGUUCAGGACAGUGUUUUUAAAACAGGUUACAGUAAAUAUGAAAACGCAAGAAAAAAGGGUUAAACACUGAAGGUUUCCAAUCAUGGUGACGUCACUUCAAAGAUUCUUGGAUUAGGUUCAUCAUGUCUUUUUUGAUAAAUUACGAUCAGAUGUUCUUUUAAUUUACACAGACACAGGUGAGGAAGACUGCUGCCAGCACGUUGAAACAUGUCAGCAAGGUAAUUGAAAACCUGUCUCUGUAUAAAAGAACACCUGAUUGUCACUUAAAAGAGCCACAUGUGAGAGAUGGAGUCCUUAGUAAAGCUGCUUCAAAGCCCAUCUUUCUUCGGUUUUGUUUCCAUAAAUUUAAGUUGGUUUUCAUCUCCAGAAAACUAAUGCCUUUCCCUCCUUUCUGCUAAUAUUGUUAUUUUUAACUGAGGUGAUGAAGACACAGGCAACUUGCACUUUCAGGUCAGUCACUAUAGCCAGUUUGAGGUCGACACGGUCCAGGUCAAGGAAAAGGACUGAGGUUUUUCAUCUACACACAGGACACAGUGGAACAUUUGAAGCUAAACUUUGUUUUUAUUUGUAUGUACUGUAUCCAAAUUUUAAUUUUGAGCUGAAAAAGUCCAGAAGUUUUGUGUUUUUCUUCAUUGGUCUGUUCUUUGUAAAUAUCUCAAAAACAGCUCAUCAACAACGUCAGAAAGCUGAAACCCCCUCAUUGUCUGUUUUUUAGAUAUCUUACUCUUGUUACUUACAGUUUCUACUGUUCUAGGAUGAGUUGGUGUUUUAUUUCUGUCGACUAAGAGAUAUAUUUUUUCCAUGUUUAAAGGCUGUGUUUAAAGACUUUUGAGAAGAUGAGGCUCGUUGUUUACUGAUGAAAGUGGCUGAGGCUGUUGAAAGGGUCGUCAUGAAUCUAAAUCAGAUCCUCCAAACUUCAGAAAGUUCCAAGAAAAGUUAAAAAUAAACGUUUUUUAGAAGUUGAUGUCAUUUUAUAAAGAAAUAACUUUUUUUAAUUUUUCAGUAAUGUGGAAGAGAUUGUCAAAAAGAUCCAAAAAGGAUUACAGUGAGAAAGGGUGAAGUUCUCUCAUUUUGGGUUCAGCAGAGUCACUAUAGCUGAGAGUUAAAGGGCCAAUAAGCUUUUUUUUUGUACCUUUGAGUGUCACUUGUUGUAUCGAAAGUUUAAAAACUUUCAGAUGUUUCCCCUCUGGACGUGUACAAUGGGGCUUUAAAACUCUAAAAGAGACGUAGCUGCUUUCUGAGCUCUGUAAUUAUUGUUGAUAGCAGAGAAUAUUUACAGCAGAGAUCUGUAAAAGUGAUGUCAGAUUAGAAAGUGAUGUCAAAAUUAGAAAAAAAUACCUUUUUUAGUCCGUUUGUCCUCAUACAGGGCGAGUGGUUGACUAUUUUAGUACUGAAUGUCUUUAACCUUCCAGCUUCAGAUAUGUUUUGGAUGUUAUUUAUGCAAAGAGGGCUCAUGCAUCUUCUGUAGUACAUGGUGUAUUCAGGACUAAUGGCCUUUUUGUUUUCACUGUCAUCCUUUGUGUGUUAGCUAUUUGUGGUUAAGAUCUCAUUUCAGUAUAAAUUGUGUAUAACUGAGGAAGUUUUGCUGCAAACAUGUGCAUUAAGUAAAGAAAUGUUUUAAGAGACUUGGCGCGGACAGUUUUUCAUUCUGAACAGAAGCAGGUAUGUUUAAUGGUCUUGGAGCUACAACUUGUAAAGUGGAAUUUCCUGCUUCCAUUGGGGGGCACUAUGACAUAGUAUUAAACAGUCUGAUGAAUGUGUUCAGACCUGGACCCCGACUAUGUGUGGUGCAUUUUAGUCAGAUUUAAUUAUGCAUUCCUGAGAUAAAAGCUCCCUUUUCAUGUCAAAUACCUAUCUUUGAGGGCUUGCUACACCCACACUCACUCAUGAGGUAGAAAACUUUGACUAUAACUGUCCUUGUAUACAUCCGACCUAAGGCAGCGGCUGAAGUUCGGAGUGAUGUUCUCCAUGAUACUGUUGCUAGGAUACAGACUCAACAUCCUGAGGCACUUGUAAUAAUAGGAGACUUCAAUCAUGUCCCCCUCACCUCCUACCUGACUGGAUAAAUGUUCUUCCUUGAGCUGCGUCACCCCGCUGCAGUAAUGGACUCGCCUGAGGUCUCCAUACAAACAAGCGGCUGCUGGAAGAGAGUGGGUGAGAUGUGUUUAGACUCUGCUAAAGAAAUCAGGAAAAGCGUGAAAGAUGUUUGGUGGCUCGUGCUGUGGCUGGGACCCUAUAUGUACUGUUGAUGAAGUUAGGUGCUGUUCUGAGCAUUAUUUGAUGCUACAGAGUGGCUUUUUGGUUGAGCACGUGGCUCCUCAGACCGCUGUGUAUUGCUAUCGUGUGGUCGUUACUAAAGUUGGUAUAACUAGAGAAGCAAGAAGUCGGCAACAUUCAUCUCUCGACAAGGUGUCUAACUCGGUGUUGCGGUGCAUUUGACCCUAAAUUAAUUUUAUGCAAGAAUAUCCCUUUAACUGCCCUAUCAGAGAAAAGGAAACCCUGAAUCUGCUGUUUGCCAAUGUCAACGAAGCUUAUAAAGCUACUGCUUUACCACCACCACUGGGAAGGUCAGAUCGUAACUUGAGUUUAUCUGAGUUUCCAGACGAAUUAAAGGUGAGAUAUAAGCAGGAUCUGAGGUAGUGAGAGUUUUGGGGAGAAAUCUCGAAUGCAACCCCACCCACCCCCCAGCAAGCCCCGCCUAUAAAGCCCAGUCAACGUUAAAGUAAACCGCAUUUGUGCUGCUGUAGGUGCCAACUGACUACCAACAAACACAAUGUUUGCAGGACUUCUACAACCAGGAUAAAGUGACAUACUCCAGGACCUGAGGUAAACAGUUUAGUGGCGCUACAACACGCAGCAGGUCCCGUUUGACAAGAAACACUUCUGUUGCAGCCACUUGGCUCACUUUGUUAAAACGGGGCAUUGUCAAAAUAUACGUAGAUAGCACCAGUGCUAAUGUAGCAGCAUGCUAACGGGCAACCGACAAA